CCGCCACCGCAGCUGCUGCUAGGACGGGCCGGGGGGGCCAGGCUGCCUUCCCUCUGGCUCUCCCCUCUGUGCCCUGGCUCCGGAGGGGGUGGGCCCCUGAGCCACUCAGCUGGCGGGCUGAGCUGUCUCCUGCCUCCAGCCAGGCCCUCCUGUCCUGACCCAGCCUGAGCCACACGAAGCUCCAUCCCAAGUGCUUUUGAGUGGCUGUUUUGUGUGUCCUCGCCGUCUUGCGUCUCUAAUUUCUGUUUCUGUGUGGUGAGAGUCUGCUUUAGCUUUGCGCGCUUUACAGUGGAGGGGCUGCUGGAUAGUGGGGUUGGGGGUGAUUCUUGCAUUGUGAGGGGUGGACUAGAUGACUCAUGGGCUCCCUUCCAAAGCCUGACGGCCUUUUAUAGCUGCUCUUCGCUUAGCAGGGUGGCUGCUGCUUUCCUUUGGGGCGGCAGUCUUGCCGCAGAAUGCAGAGCAGGUGCCCAAAGGGGACGCCUUUGGAUCCUUGAGGAGGGUUGUGGGGCCAGCCCUUCUGCUCCCCCAGAAAAGAAAGCCCAGCCACUGCAUGCUGUUUUCCUUGAGGGGGGGGGUCCAUUACAAGCAACCUGAGCCUUGAAAAUCACAUGGGAGUUGAAAGUGGGCGGUUGUCACUCUGUCCAAUUGGCUGCCUGUGCUUUGGACAAAGGGAACCUUCCUGACCACCUGGGGGGGGUCUUAGGCGACCCUGAGGAGGCAAGGGGGUGCUCCCCACACCUGCCAGAAACCAGUGGCUGCGAGUGUGGCGGGAGGAACUCUGCAUCCUUGCUGCCUGUAUUCUGGGCAUCCUUUCCAUGAGCGCUUCCUGCAUGAGGGGGCGCUAGACUAGAUGUCCCUUGUGGGGGGUCCCCUUCCAGGUCUCUGAAUCAGUGGGGCAGCCUAAAUUGUUCAGGUUCCCCUCGCCCCGCAGUCGUGAGCAGAUGAUGCUGCUGCGAGGAGGAGAGGGGCGAGGAAGGCUGUCUGGGAGACGGGGGCGCGCGGCGCGCUCCGGAGGAUGCUCAGCUGCUCCCUUCUGCUCGGCUCGCGGGGUCGGCCCAGGUCAGCCUCCUCCUCCCGGGCGGGAGAUGCGUGCAGCUCGGCAUGUCUGGCUGCGCCCCUCCCGGGCGCGCAUUCAUUCAUGGAGCACGUAGCCGGCUACUCUUAAAGGGGCGACAGGAGGCGGCCCGCACUUGCCUUCCUCCGGCUCCCUCCUUCCGUGGCUUCGGCGGCGCCCCGCUCCUUGAAAUACCGAAAGAAACAGAGCAGGACUAGGACUUCUCUGGAUGCAGCCUGGAAGAGCAUUCGCCCUUUUUGCUGCUGCCUCACACGGUGGACUCGCGUGAAGCUUGUGGUCCAGCGAGACCCCGAGAUCCUUUUCACAUGCCUGCCAGUGAGCCAGGCGUCCCCCGCCUCAGGGCCGGAUUGCGGUUUGAUGAGGCCCUCAGCUCCUUUCCUUUAUGUGCCCAGCUGCCCGUUGUCAACAACAAACUGUCGCUGUUUUUUGUGUUGAAUGCAGUAUAUGCUGUAUGGUAACUUUGGGGGCCCCAAGAGAGGGGGACCCUAAGCUACAGCUUGUUUAGCUUAUACCUAAAUCCGGCGCUGCCCGUCCUAUCUUUGGGCACCUGCUUCUUCCUGCCUAAGUGCAGAAACCAGCAUUUGUCCCUGUUGAAAUUCAUGUUCUUAGCUUGCGCCCAGUUCUCCAAUCUGUUCCGGUCAUUUUGAAUUCUGAUUCUGACUCGACGGUGUGAUGUUCAGAAAGCCUUCCCCUCAGAGCCCUAGAAUUGCAGAGAUGGAAGCACCCAAGGGUCAUCUAGUCCAACCCCGGCAAUGCAGGCAUCCCUGCCAAAGCAUCCCUCCUACGAGGGAGAGACGCCGCUGCUUCCGAGGAAGAACAGCUCUUCCUGUCGAAAGACAGAAUUUCGUUUCUUAGCCUUUGGAUCCAAUGGUUCGGGACAGGUUCUCCCUUCCGGAGCAGCUGGAAAUGAGCCCGUCCGAUAUUGGCAUACGGAGCGGCGCCCCCUCCCCUGUCCCUUGCCGGCUGGGGUCCCCACCCCUCCCCGGAGCAGGCUGGCGUCGCCCUUUUAAGGCGCGAGGGUGCCCGGCGCUUCUGUUUACAGAAGGGAGCCGGCUGGGCGUCACGUGGCCUCCAGCUGGCCGGCUGGCUAAUGGGACGGGCACCUGCCUGGCACCGGAGGGAGCCCAGGCAGCGGAGCGAUGGAGGCGCCCCGGGAAGACGCCCUGCAGAGCUCCUGGGUGGAGGUGCCCCCACUUGACCUGGAGGAGCCCCCCACGCCGGCCUGUGCGCCCCACCGCGACAUGGAACGGAUCCUGCUGGAAGCGCAGCUGGAGAUGGAGCCGCCGCGGGCCGAGGGCUCCUUCCGUGCACUGAAGGCGCCUGGUGUGGAGGACCUGAGCCCAGGGCAGAGGGAAGACGCUGAAGGGUCUGUCCAGCUGGGGACCCUGCCCUGGUCGUGGCCCAGCCCCCCUGAGCACCAAAAGGAGCUGGCCUGCCUGCCCCCUGCGUGUGCCCCCCUGCUCAGCCCAGUUCUACACAGGAGGAGGGGGUUGCGGGACCCCCAGCUGCUGCUUCUGGUCAUCCCCUCUCUGCUGCUCAGCCACGUCUUGGCCUUUGGCCUUGGCAUUUGUAUCGGGAAGCGUCUGGCUGCCUCCCCAUCAAGCAGCCUGUGAGAAGACGCGAGGGGCCUCCUGGGACACCCCACCCCCCACCCCAGCUCCCCUUUCUCCACGCUCCCCACCAAACUGUUGCACGGCCCCGUCUUGCCCAAGACCACCUGAGAAGCGGUGCAGAGCCCGGCAUCAAACCUGAUACCCUCACCCACCCACUUCCGUGUACACAACCUUCCUUGCCUCUGCUGUGGGGCCCAGCCUUCAUAAAGACUUAGCCCCAAAGCCCCCUCUCCACUUUCCCUGCUGCAGUGGGGCAGAGGGGAUUGGGUUGCUGGACUCCAGUGGCGCGGCAGCAGCUCCCUUCCUCCCCCUCCUCUCCCAGCUAGCAGCUGGGAGUUAGAGCCUGGACACAUCUGGAAGGCCACACCUGGAGGUUGUGCUACCCCCCCCACCAUGUCAAUCCAAGGAGCUUCGGAAAGACAAUCUGCAGCAAAGCAUGGCAGCUGAUCUACUGGAACAUGCCGUUGCUUCAUUCAAAAUAAAUCCUGUUUUUCAAAAUCCUA